GCUGCCCAUUCGUCUGGGGCCACCGCAAGACAACGAUGGCGCUGCCCGGCAUGGGAACGACGAGCUACGAGGACAUGCGCGGUUUGAGGGCAGCGGGCGGCGGCCCGCGCGCCGCGCGGCCCCGGGAACGGACCUUUGUCGACCACGAGAUGGGCUCCCUGCAUUUAGUGGGCGGCCAGCGCGGCGCGCCCGAGUUCGGCGCCUGGGCCUGCAUGACGCACUGCCCCUACGAGGCGCCGAAGCCCGUGCCCCGCCCCCAAGUGGAGGUGGAGCCGCCUCAACCAGUACCGCCGCCGGUCUAUGAUGUGGAAGCGGAGGAGACGCGGCGCCGGAAGGCGUUGCAACAGCGCGAAAGGUGGGAGAACGCCGACAACAGCAUGGCCCUUGGCGAGGAGAAGCCGUUAUCCUCGUCGCGGCUCCAGAAGCGCGACGUCCGGCCGUCGCCCUUUGCUACGAAUUUGGAGGAUCAGCCCGUCGAGCCCGUCAAACCUCGAGGGACUCGUAGAUUAACGGGACCGGAAUCCAUCUCCGAGGCCGACCUGGCGGCGCGAAGAGGCCGCAAAAAAGUGGAAAGCAACGCGGCCAAGUCGGCCUUUGGGGUCGGCGGCUCCGUGGUGCCGAGCUUCGGGGCCGACAUCACCUGUGCAGCCGCACCCCAAGGUGAUGCGUACGCCAUCGGCAAUCCGAGAGCGGAGUCUUUUGUAUUGAGGACUCGAUCCACGAAGCGCGUCGGCAUCCAGCCUCAAAGAACGGAAUCUGCGGACUGGGCGCACCGGCCGUCGGCGGUCAAGAUGGUCUCUAAUGUGAAGAGAGACUGUAUUGGUUUUGGCGGUGGGGGCGACGGUGGUCUGUCCGCAGAAUUACCUCCACAAAACCAGGGCCGCAAAGUCAUAGAAAGAGAGCCGCCGACGCAAGAGGAUAGACCUAGAGGCGUGCGCCGCCAGGGCUUCGAGCGCGACGAGGCCGACCGCGGCGUCUUCGGCGACUCUACUCCGCAGCUCCACGGCACGGUACCUGUCAGUGAUAUCCCGAAGCCCGACAUCGGCGAAAAAUUGCGCCACUUCGGGGCCUGGUACCUCCAGCAGUACGGCGAGCCGCCGUCUCGCGAAGCGCUGGAGCACGCCGCGGCGCAGCUCGCCGCGGAGGCCAUGGAAACUGUGGAAGAGAAGCCGUCCUUACAAUCCCAGAUCAAGUCCUACGAAGCCCGACGCGAACCCGUCGACCCGCGGGCCCAGCACUUCGUGGAGUGGUACACGAAGGAAUACGGCGAGGCGCCGCCGCAGGACCUCAUCGAUCGGGCGGCGACGACGUUCAUGGUCUCUGGCGAAUCUACUGAGGUGGAGGCGCCGGAGAAGAGCGUGAUGGCGGGGAAGGACCCGAUCCGGCCCCACGUGGCGAAGCCUUUGGCUUUUGCGCCGCCGGAGCCGUCGUCGCCGACAAAACCUAUCAGAGGACGGGGCCAGCGGUCCACGCUCUCGCUCGGGUGGGAUUGAGUAACUAUUUCGAAGUCCUG